UCCAACUCCAAGCACCAAGAACACAGCCACGCAACGAUGAGCUCUGUCGCGGCAAUACUCAGCAGCAUGCAGCUCCUGCUGGUGUGCUUGUUGGGAGCUGUGCCGCCGGCGGCGCCGGAGCAGGCUUCUGGAGUCGCGGGCGGCGCAGGAGGAGGGAUCUUGUCUGUCCCUUCCAAUGCCUCCCUGGCUCACUGCCCCACCCGCUGCGGAAACGUCAGCAUUUCCUACCCAUUGGGGACCGCGCCCGGCUGCUUCCGGCAAGGCUUCGAGCUCACCUGCGACACCACCACCCGGCCUCCCAGGCUCUUCUGGGCCAAUAGCACCACUCAGAUCCUUGACGCGGGGGACGUGGCAUCCUACGGCUCGGUCUAUGGUUUGAUCGGCUUCAGCAUUACCAUGACGCCAGGCACGACCAGCUACACCAGGUCAUGGGAGUCGCCUGCCAAGGGCCUCGUCAUCGACCCUGGUAACGCCCUGUAUGUUGUUGGCUGCAACGUCGAGGUCGUCCUGUUCGAUACUGGGACAAACCUCACUCUCGGUUAUUGCAGUAAUAUGUGCCCAGGCGACAAGGCCCUCAUGGUUAAAGAGGCGGAAGCUGCGGAUGGGGGUUGCAGUGGGGUGGGCUGCUGCACAAUGAAUAAUUUCCCGGCAUACAUGAGUGGAUUUCGAUUCACGCUGUCCCGCAGGGACGGCGUCGUAGCACGAUCUGCUGAAGAGCCCUCUGUCGUCAAGGUUUUCCUCGCCGAACAUUAUGAAUUUGACACCAGCGACCUUUACUCGAGCUGGAUAAAUGAAAGUACUCCGCCAGUUUUGGGUAUUUUCGCCACGGACCAGCCAAGUUGUGAAAUUGCAUCUGCAAAUAAAGAAACCUAUGCAUGCAGCGGCGGUAGCUUAUGCCAGACUGUAAGCCGGGGAGGUUACUACUGCUACUGCAAUUCUGACGUACCCGGCAAUAACCCCUACAUUUUGGAUGGCUGCAUCGCAGGUUACAACCCCCAUCCUAAAGGAAAUUGUAAGAGGUCAUGUGGAAACAUGUCCAUCCCUUUCCCUUUUGGAUUAGAAGAAGGUUGCUUUGCACACCAGAAAUUUCAACUUAGUUGCGUGUCGGAUAAGUUCCUUGUUCUUGACCGAGGAGAUGGCACAAAGUAUCAGGUGACCACAUUGUUAGUAGAUGAUGGAUACCUGGGUGUAACCAGCAUGCUGAAUGAUUCAAGCAGCAAUGACGACGAGGUGGUAGUAGUUCAUACCACCAAUGGUGACUUUGAUUACAGGAUCCCAAGAGAAGCCAUGAGAAAUCUUAUAGAGUUCUCCCAAGAAUUCGACAUCAGGAUGAGGUGGGUUGUUGCCAACUUAACAUGCAGAACAGCCUCGCAUAGGACCACAACUUAUGCAUGUAUCAGCGCCCACAGCCAAUGUGUUAAUGUCACCCAUGGUACACUAUAUCUAGGGUACCGUUGCAAGUGCUUGAGCGGCUUUGCUGGGAAUCCAUACGUACAAGAUGGCUGUACAGACAUUGACGAGUGCUUAGAGCCAAAUGAUUGCAAAGGGGUAUGUCAUAAUACCCCAGGAGGAUACAGUUGCACGAGUUGUCCCCAUGGUGAAGUGUUUGAGCCAACAAAUAUGAGAAAAUGUGUCAGAGCAACUAAGAGGCAGAAUCUUGUUUUAGGUAUUGAAAUUGGAAUUGGUAUUGGCUUUGGCACCAUAAUUUUUGCACUAUGUGGAAGUGCAACUACACUCGCUGGCAACUGGAAGCAACACAAACAGAAGAGAAUUCGAAGAGCAUACUUCAGGAAAAAUCAAGGCCUCUUGUUGGAGCAACUAAUCUCAGAUGAAAGCACCACAAACAAAACAAAGAUAUUCUCCUUAGAGGAACUAGAGAAAGCGACCAACAACUUCGAUGCUACCCGUGUGCUUGGUCGUGGAGGACAUGGUACAGUUUAUAAAGGAAUUUUAUCAAAUCAAAAUGUGGUAGCAAUUAAAAGAUCCAAACUUGUGGAGCAAAGUGAGAUAGACCAAUUUAUCAAUGAGGUUGCUAUUUUGUCUCAAAUAAUCCACCGCAAUGUGGUGAAACUUUUUGGUUGCUGCUUGGAAACAGAGGUGCCCUUGCUCGUAUAUGAGUUCAUAUCCAAUGGCACGCUAUAUGACCUCCUUCGUGACAAUGUCAAUGAUAAAUGCUUAUUGUCAUGGGAUGAUCGCAUUAGGGUCGCUGUAGAGGCAUCAGGGGCACUUGCUUAUUUGCAUUCAGCUGCUGCAAUACCAAUUUAUCAUAGAGAUGUGAAAUCUUCCAACAUACUCUUAGAUGCCACCUUCACCACAAAGGUUUCUGACUUUGGUGCUUCAAGAUCUGUUUCCCUUGACGAGACUCAUGUGGUGACCAUUGUCCAAGGAACAUUUGGCUACUUAGAUCCAGAAUAUUACUACACAAGCCAACUAACUGAGAAGAGUGAUGUGUACAGUUUUGGGGUGAUACUUGUGGAGCUUCUAACAAGAAAGAAGCCAAUUUUCAUCAAUGAUUCUGGUAUGAAACAAAGCUUGUCUCAUUACUUCGUUGAAGGACUUCAGGAAGGCGCUCUUAUGGAAAUAAUAGAUCCACAAAUUGUGGAAGAAGCUGAGAAAGGAGAAAUUGAUGAUAUUGCUUCACUCACACAAGCAUGCUUGAAGACCAAAGGAGCAGAGAGACCAACUAUGAAAGAAGUUGAGAUGAGAUUGCAGUUCAUAAGAACUAAGAGGCUCAGGAAAAUACAUCAUUUACCAAGAAAUAAUGGUGAGAUUGAGCAUUCUUUGUGCCCACAAGAUAGAAACUCUGAUGCACAGCUUCAUCUUGUAAAUGCUACUACCCCAUUGCCUUCUGAAGAGACCUCUCGCGGCUACAGUCUAGAGAAAGAAUUUGCAUCCUCAAUCAGUUUGCCACGCUAACUAUAGCAUACACAUGGUCAAUAACAGAGGCAAGUGCUAUAUUGGAAACACCUGAGUUGCUGCAUAUUUUCCACAAAGAAAUCUGUAAUAUUGUUCCCUUUAUACUGGAGUAUGCUAUUUGGUUGCAAUAUAUAUACAUUUGGUCAACUUUUGUCCAA